CACUCUGGACGCCACGCAGCUUCCACACUGCCCUCACCUCCUCUCAGCCCAGCUCCACUUCACCACGCGCCUCGCGCACACCAAAAAGGCAAGCUUGCAAGCUGCCACCAAUCACCUCUCCAUCGAUCCCUCUUAUCUCCUCCAGCUCCCUCAUCUGUUAUCGCUCUGCUCCGGUGCUCGCCGCGUCCACGUCCAGCUCUCGUGCUCUGCCGCGUCCUCGUCCCUGGCUUAGCGUGCUGGUUCCUGCACGCGUCAGCGGGGACUUUGCAGCCUGCAGCGAUGGCCCUGCAGGCUCCGACGUCGUCUCUGCUGCGCGCGCCGGCGAGGACGCCGUCGUCGGACCGGCACGCGCUCCCCCGGCCGUCGUUCUGCGCGCCGUGGUCGGUGCGGGUGCCGGCGCCGGCGCGCCGGCCGGUCGCCAGGUCGGCCACGGCGGCGCGGAUCACGAUGCGCGUCGCGUCCAAGCAGGCCUACAUCUGCCGCGACUGCGGCUACAUAUACAACGACAGGACUCCGUUUGAGAAGCUGCCUGACAAGUAUUUCUGCCCUGUUUGUGGAGCUCCGAAGAGAAGGUUUAAGCCGUACCAACCGGCGGUGUCCAAGAACGCGAACUCCACCGACGUCCGGAAGUCGAGGAAGGAGCAGCUGAAGAAGGACGAAGCCAUAGGGCAAGCCUUGCCGAUCGCUGUCGUCGUCGGGAUCAUUGCCCUGGCCGGCCUGUACUUCUACCUAAACAAUGCCUACAACUAGAUGAAGGAGCAUGAGAAAGAUCCGCGCAUUUGGCGCAGGGAACGGGAUUCGUUCCAUUUCGCCGUUCUUUUUGUCUUUCCAAAUGUGUUGUCAUGCUACAUACUACUAGGGCUCCAAGACUGUUAUACAAGUUAAUCUUGAAAUACUACUACAUUACUGA